UUCCUUCAGUCCCUUUCCAUAACUGUUACUUUCAUCUUUUUAGGGUAAAGAUUAACCAUAGGCCUGCCUUCUCGUCUGAGUAAGAAGGCAACAUCUCUGGUCCAUGCUUCCACAUGAUUGCUGAGGGGACAAAAAGACAGGGUAGUUGCAGUGGUGCAGAAUGGCUGACCUCAGUCUUGCAGAUGCAUUAACAGACCCACCUCCAGAAAUUGAGGAAGAGAUAAAACGAGACUUUAUUGCCACGCUGGAGGCAGAGGCCUUUGAUGAUGUUGUGGGAGAAACUGUUGGAAAAACAGACUAUAUUCCUCUCCUGGAUGUUGAUGAGAAAACUGGGAAUUCAGAGUCAAAGAAGAAACCUUGCUCAGAUGCUAGCCAGGUUGAAGGUACUCCAUCUUCUAAACCAGCAGUGCUAGCCAAUGGUGAUCACGGAAUAGAAGGGAAUGAUACUAUAGGAUCUCCAACUGAAUUCCUUGAAGAGAACAUGGCCUACCAGGGAUAUCAGAACUGGCCAGAAAAUACAAACUUUUGCUUCCAACCCGAGCAAGUGGUGAAUCCUAUCCAGACUGAUCCCUUUAAGAUGCACCAUGAUGAUGGCCUGGAAGAAUUGCUCUUUCUCCCCAGUGGAACAACCAGUGCUUCAGCAUUUGUAGAACAAAAUAAUCCCUUGGAAGACAGUUAUGGUCUGUUUCCCUGUGACACAUUUGCUCCUACAGCUGUUGUGCCUCAGGGGUGGUCUGUGGAAGCCCCAAACUCUCCACAGUUGGAAUCUUUCAUUUCCGCAGAGGCCAUUACACAACCUACGCAGCCCACAGCAGAGCCGGCCAAGGACGUAGAAAUGGCAUCAGCAGAAGAGAGGGCACCAAUGAAAGCAUUGGAAAUGAUGGGACUGAAGACUGCUGACAUGGCAUCAUCUAGAGAAAAAGAGAUGACCUCAGCUAAGGACGAGGCACCAGCUGCAGAAACAGAGGUGGCAUUGGCUAAAAACAUGGAAUCACCUACCAAAUCACAUGCGUCACUAGCCAAGGACAUGGAAUCAUCCACUGAAUCAGAUAUGGCCCUGGUCAAGGACAUGGUACCACCUAAAGAGACAGAAGAAGCCCCUGUUAAGAAUGUCCUGUCGCCCACAGAAACAGGUGUGUCUUUUACCAAGGACAUGGUACUGCCUACAGAAACAGAGGUAGCCCUAGCCAAGGAUGUAGUAGUAUUCAAAGAAACAGAGAGAGCAUCACCUAUUAAAAUGGAUUUGGCCCCAGCUGAGGGCAUAGUACCACCCACAGACAGAGAGAUGGCCCAAGCCAAUGUUGUAGAAUCACUCUCAGAAAUACAAAUGGCACUGGCUAAGGACAUUGCAUCAUCCACAGAAAAAUCCUCAGCUGAGGAGGUGGGCUUGUCCUCAGAAACAGAGGUGGCUCUGACCAGGGACAUAACACUGCCUCUAGAAACUAAGGUGGUCUUAAGCAAGGAUGUGGCACUGCCCCCAGAAACAGAGGUGGCCCCAGUCAAGGACAUGGCCCAACCUCCAGAAACAGAAGUGGCCCUGGUCAAGGACGUGGCUCCACCCGCAGAAACAGAGAUGGCCCUGGGCAAGGAUGUGGCUCUGUCCCCAGAAACAGAAGUAGCCCGGGUCAAGGAUGUGCUUCUGCCUCCAGAAACAGAGGUAGCCCUGGCUAAGGAUGUGGCUGUGCCCCCUGGUCCAGAGGUGACCCUGACCAACAAUGUGACUCCAGCCAAGGAUGUUGCACCACCCUCAGAGGUGGCACCAGUUCCAGUCAAGGACAUGGAAAUUGCACGGACACAGGAAGAAAUAAGUGAGGAUUCCCAGUUAGAAUCUCUCCAGGAUGAGGGGCAGUCAGCUGCUCCUGCUUCCAUGAUUUCACCAGAACCAGUCACAGCCACGGGCCAAAAGUACAGCUUGCCAGCAGAUGAGGAUUCACUGUCAGAGAAACUAGACCAAAAGAAACCAGUCAGUAGUCAGCCUUCUGAACUGUCUUCAGAGACCUCAGGUACCCCUCCCACACAAGCCAAACAAGUGUGCAGACCCAGUGACCACAGGCCCACCCGGCCCAGGCCUGCCAGGGUCCCUCCUGAGCUGCUAGGAGUCUCUUCUCCACGGAAGACUCUUGAUCCCAGGCUGGGCCCCUGCCCUUUGUCUCAGUCCACUUGGGUCUCUGGUUCUUCUUCCUGUGGUGAGCCUGGGAACCAAAGGAAAACUAUUCCUGUUGACUUCCUUGAACCCCAGAGGGAUCUUGGCAGGGAGGCCUGGGAUAUAGAAAGCGCACCCAUGAUGACGAAGAAAAAAAAGAAGAAACCAAAGCAAAAGAGAUACUCUCAACCUCGGGCUGGGGGACCUUGGGAUGAUGACAAUGCAGACAAGCCUAAAGGUCAUCUCUUUGCAGCUGACCCACAAAAAUCAGGUGUUCUCCCUAACCAGUCUACCACUGUGGGCAUGGAGUAUGGACUGCUAUCCAGAGCAAACUUGAAAAAGGAAUCAGAAAUUGACUUCAGAGCAUCCAAACUGGUAGCUGAACACUUUGUCUCAGAGAGUCUCAGUGUUCCUUUGUGUCCUUUGGAAGAACCCCCCAAAAAUGCAGUAAAUUCUCAGCCGAAGCUGAAAGGAGAGGGAGAGGUCAAAGGUAACAAGUCAGUACCACAGAGCCAAAACCAGCAACCGAUGCAGCAAGAUGAAUGCAGACCACAGCCUGCACCCAACCUGAAGACUUCUGUAGAUAAAAGCCAGACAAUAAGCUCUCUCAAUCUGCAAGGACCCCUGACAGAAAUUUCUGCACACAGAGUAGAAAUUCCUUUGGAGAUCAGAUCCAAAGAGUGUUGCUUUCCUAUCUUGAACCAAGAGGCUACAGGUAGAGUUUCAAAACCCACAGCAGCAAAAGAACUGCUUAAUUUGAUACCCACUUUAACAGCUAGUAAUCCAUUAGAAAAUAAUCUAAAAGAAGGGAAUGAUGAAAGUAAAAUGACUAAACUACAUAAUGACAAACAGAAAGAGUUUUCUGAAGGAGCUGAAGAGGUGAAAGAACUGAAAAAAGAAGCUUUUCCCAAGCAAAGACAAGAGAUCGGCAUCUUUGCUUCCGAGCAGCUGCAGGACAAGGUGUUAGCUCAGGUUCCUGGGCUAGGGAAUGAACCCUUUAAGAGAACAGCAGGUGACAGCAAAAGCAGGAAGGGAAGGGGAAGUUCUGGAAAAGUGAGAAUGAGUUCUGGGAAGGUAAGAGCGAGAUCUGAAUUGCCGUUUCCUCUAGACAGCCAGAAGGACAGCAGAGCUGUUCUUGUGCCAAGUGAGCCAGCCCCUAAAACUGAAAGAAUGACUACUGGGGAUAAGAGUGAGGAGUUGGGACUAGAAGCUUCAAAGCAACCAGGAGCCAUGGCUGAUGUCACUGAGGCAGUGGUGAUGGAGGAGCCUAGGGAAACAACUGACUCUAAGGUGGCAGGCACCUUGCAGACACUGAUUCCUUUGGGAAGUGGGUCAGGCAUGACUCAGACUUCUAGUGCUAGAACAGAAAGAGGAGACAUAGCCAUAGAUACAGGUGUUAGUAACCAGAGCAAGGAAGGAAAGUGUCCUUGGAUGGAUCAUGAGGCAGCUCCCUGGAUUUCUGAAAAGCCUGAAAAAAAAAGCAGUGAAGGCAAAAACAAAAAGGUUAAAAAUAAUUAUUCCACACAGCCUGCUAGCAUUGAGAGUAAGGAAGAAAUCCUCAACCCACCUUUUGAAGGGAAGGAUAGAGUUGCUGGUAGUACUUCCCAUCAAAACAAAGAAUUGGGACUCACUUUCCCUGUAAAUCAUGACCCUUUGUUCUCACAUACAUCAGAUACACCCACAGUGGAAGUAGUUAACCGAAAAGGUGAAAAUGUUGGGGUUAAUUCUUUUGAGCUUGAGGCUGUUGGUGGGGACAAAAUAAACACAGUCAAGGAUUCUGCUGUUAUUGAACCAGCUGCCAAAGUGACAGAGAUGAGCUGCCAAGACCAAAUCCAGGGGGCAGGAUUUGUUCCUUCAGUACUGUCUGAGGAGAAUAAGACAGAUCCAGCCAAGGGACAUACUGCAGUGGCUGACAAACCAAAUAAACUGAAUAAUGAUGAAAAAAGUAAAAAAGUUAAAAAUAGUUUUCCCGAGAAGCACAUUCUGGAGAAUAAGAUAGAUGCAACAAAAAUACAUGUUCCCAUGGAAACCACAGGGGACCACAGAAUUGAAGGAAUGGGCUAUGUGGACGAAAAUAGAAAUAUUACAUUUACCUGCCCCAGAACACCAUCAGGAUUGAUGAAUAAGUCACCUCCUCUAGAGACUCAGGAAUCAGCAGCCUGUGAAAAACUGUCCAUUCCUACUCCUCAAGUAGUGAAGGAGAGUGAUUCCUUUCCAGACGCUUUGGCCAAAAGUGGGCAGGAGACAAUUCCAGCCCAGAUUUCCAAAUUAUUAGUGGUAGAUAAUUGCAGCAAAGAUGGAGUCCCAGAUCAAGAAGGACCCAAGGCUCCUUCUGCUAUUAUGCCCUCUACAAGCACAGGAGGAAUUACCCCAACUUUUACAGCAGCCAUAGAAACAGUUAACAGUCAUGGUGAUAACCGUCUUAAGAAUAAAGGUGAGCUUCCUGAUCCCAUGAAAAAUGAAGCGGGGUUAGAUGGAGGGCAUGUGAUAGGAGAAUCUGAGUCAGUGCUUGGUGGUGCAUCUGAGCAUUCAAUAGAGAAAAUCACAGAGCUAGCAGAGGGGCACCUUCGUUCUGGAGUGCCUAUAGAUGACCAAAGCCUACCAGGUGUGGUCAGAGUCCUAGAAGCGUGUGCAGAUAGGAGUAAUUUUCCCACAUAUUCGGUAAAUGAAAAGAAAGAGUCUGAGGCAGGUUCUGCUCCGGUUCAAAUGCCUGACUUACUGGGAGACAAAGCACAAAAGCCCAGUUUCUGUGAGGACCAAAAUGUUGAAGACAGAGAUUCCAAGGGCCCAGAUAGUUUAAAGAAGGAGGGAGAUAUGACUCUUUUGCCUCCAAAAAGUAAAAAGGAUAAAUCAGAAGGAAUUAGUCUGGCUUCUGAAAUUGCAGAAUUGGAUUAUGCUUCCUUGGCAACACCAGAACUCCAGUCAGAUUUCAUAGAUGGCACAGCUGAAGCCACUCCUGCAAGUGUGGCAGAUAACUUAGUUGUGACUGCUUCUAAGGGUCUUCGACUCCCAGAACCCAAAGAUAAGAUCUUGGAGGCACCUGAGAAAAUGACAGAAAAAUCUGAACCAAUGAAAGGAGAAGGGAAGAAGGAAGAUAAGAGCAGAAUGGCAGAACCAAUGAAAGGCUACAUGAGACCUACCAAGUCCCGAGGACUUAGUCCACUGCUGCCAAAGUCUGUAAUCCAGGAACGAGAGAGAGCCAAGCCACUGAAGUCCCGCGGAAUAGCCAAGCCAGAAGAAGUAAGGCCCACUGUGAGUGUGACCGGAAAUGACAUCACCGCCCCUCCAAACAAGGAGCUCCCACCAAGCCCAGAGAAGAAAACAAAGCCUUUGGCCACCACUCAACCUGCAAAGACUUCAACAUCGAAAGCCAAAACACAGCCCACUUCUCUCCCUAAGCAGCCAGCUCCCACCACUUUUGGUGGGUCGAAUAAAAAACCCAUGAGCCUUGCUUCAGGCUUAGUAGCAGCUGCCCCACCCAAACGCCCUGCUGCCGCCACUACCAGGCCUUCUUCCAUCUUACCUUCAAAAGACGCGAAGCCCAAGCCUGUUGCAGAGGCAAAGAUUCCUGAGAAGCGAGCCUCACCGUCCAAGGCAGCCUCUGCCCCAGCUUCCAGGCCUGGCUCUAAGAGCACCCAAACUGUUCCAAAAGCCACAGCAGCUGCCACUGUUGCCUCAGCUGGGCCAAGCAGUAGGAGUCCCCCGGCACCCCUGCCCAAGAAGCCCACUGCGUAUGUAUGUGCAGCCAUCAAGACUGAGGGAAAACCUGCAGACAUCAAGAAGAUGGCUACAAAGUCUGCACCAGCUGACUUGAGUCGCUCAAAGAGCACCUCCACCAGUUCCAUGAAGAAAAACACCACUGUCCCUGGGGCAGCACCCCCAGCAGGGGUGGCUCCCAGUAGAGUCAAGCCCACACCUACGCCUUCCCGGCCCUCUGGGACUCCUUCAUUGGACAAGAAGCCCACAUCAGCCAAGCCCAGCUCCUCUGCCCCCAGGCUGAGCCGCCCGGCUACCAAUGCUUCUGCCCCUGAUCUGAAGAAUGUCCGCUCCAAGGUUGGCUCCACGGAAAACAUCAAGCAUCAGCCCGGAGGAGGCCGGGCCAAAGUAGAGAAAAAAACAGAGGCAGUUGCUACAGCUCGAAAGCCUGAACCUAACGCAGUCACUAAAACAGCCGGCCCAAUUGCGAGUGCACAGAAACCGCCUGCUGGGAAAGUCCAGAUAGUCUCCAAAAAAGUGAGCUACAGCCAUAUUCAGUCCAAGUGUGGUUCCAAGGACAAUAUUAAGCAUGUCCCUGGAGGUGGUAAUGUUCAGAUUCAGAAUAAGAAGGUCGAUAUCUCUAAGGUCUCCUCCAAGUGUGGGUCCAAGACUAACAUCAAGCACAAGCCUGGGGGAGGAGAUGUCAAGAUUGAAAGUCAGAAGUUGAACUUCAAGGAGAAGGCCCAGGCGAAGGUGGGAUCCCUUGAUAAUGUGGGCCACCUGCCUGCAGGAGGUGCCGUGAAGACUGAGGGCGGUGGCAGCGAGGCCCCUCCGUGUCCGGGCCCCCCGGCUGGGGAGGAGCUGGCCAUCCCUGAGGCAGCGCCCGAAGCUGGCGCCCCAACUUCAGCCAGUGGCCUCAGUGGCCACACCAUCCUGUCAGGGGGUGGUGACCAAAGGGAGGCCCAGACCUUGGACAGCCAGAUCCAGGAGACAAGCAUCUAAUGAUGACAUUCUGGUCUCGUCUUCCGUCCCCUUUGUUCCCCUUCUUGUCUCCCUUGUUACCCUCUCCUUUCCCUCCUCCCGUGUCACUGCAGAUUGAGACCUACAGGCUGACGUUCCGGGCAAACGCCAGGGCCCGCACCGACCACGGGGCCGACAUUGUCUCCCGCCCCCCCCACUUCCCUGGUGGCCCUGGUUCAGGCACCCGGGCCCUUGGCUUCCUCUCCCAGGCUGCCCUCUAGACCCAUGACCGCUUCGGUGCUGGGCAGCCCUCUAGGCCCCUUUCCCCCUCCUGCCCCGCUUGCCCAGGGCAGCAGCAGUCCUGCCCCCAGACCUCCUUCCACUCCAGGCCCAGGCCCAGCUCCUUCCUUUGCUCCUGUCCCAUCAUUGCGCCACUGCUCCAUGGAGAAGGUUGGGAGGGGAGUGGGGUGGGGACGGCUAACUCGUGACCUUGUGGGAGCUGGGAGCGGGGGGAACCUGAUUCCAACCUCCUCUUUGUUUGGGUUUUUUGGACCAAACCCAAGAGAAACUGACAUACCCUCCCUCCUUCCUGAGUCCGCCGGAGGGAGGAGUAGAAGUGGAUAUCCACAUGAUGGCUGGGCGCUACCUGCGCCCCCUGGAGCCUGCUAAGCCACUGCCUCUCCCUUUGACCCUGCAGUGCCGCCCACCACACAGGUGGUGCCAGGUGCCUCUUGCUGCCCUGCCCCAAGUUAGCUAGGGGACGGUGCUGCCUGUUCCCCCUGCUUCCCAUACCUGCCUAGCUCCUGUCACACUUGUCUUUUUCUUGUUGUAUCUUUUUUUUUUUAAAUAACCUAAAAACUGGUGGAGUAGUUUUGCAGGUUGAAGCCAUGUCUAAAUGAAAGUCCUCAGUAGGUGUUAAAGGAAACAGGGAGAGGAGAUCCUUAAGCCUCCAGCCAGGAGGUCAGGCAUUGGGAGCUGCCCUGGGCUGGGCAGCUCGGGCCCUAGAGAUGAUGUGGGCAGGGCAGGUGAGGUGCGGGGGGCUGUGCCUGGUGAGCACCUAGGGCACACUAGGGGCUGGUCAGAGUGUGGACUGGUUGUUCUGACAUUUUGUGUGUAUGCUGCUUUUCUAACCAAGAGGCUGGUUUUGGCAUCUCUGUCUGUCUCAUUUCCUGGGAUCUAGUAGGAGAUCAAGGUCAGGGCUGGAGAAACAGGGAAGGGCUGUGGAGGUAAAAUUCCUCCAGGCCUGCAGGCCUAGGACACUCAAGCCCUCAGUUAGUGGGGAGCCUGAGAUGUCCAGAAUUCGUGUGGAUAGUGGGGAAUCAGGUCUGGAAAUUUAAAAAUAAAGGCAUGAGACAGGCUUCCCUUAUGGCCUGACUGGAGAGGAGACAAGAGGGAAGAGAAGUGAGUUGAGGCUGGCCUGCAGAGGGGUGUCCCAGCUAGGCCCAGUCUUCGGAUGUCUGCAAUGAUGAGAAAUCCCGGGAAUUGUAUUGACACGAAGAUUCUUAUUGCACUUGUAUUUUUUUGUAUUAAAGUUUGCAUGGUUUCUAAUAAAGGAUUAAAACAUAACAGUUUGUAGUGGAAUGGCCUCGGGGUCUCCAAGGGCUUUCCUUCUGGAAGAGCAUUUUCUGCCAUGCAGACUUGCCCCUGAGGAGGCUGCCGCAGACGUGGCCCUUCGCUCUCCCUCCACUCCUAGUGUCCCUUGGAGAAGGGAGGGUCUCUUGACAUAGGUUCAGAUCAGAUCUCCCUGUAGGCAGGGGGAGCAGCAUCUGGGCUGGGCAGGUUCUCCCCAUUUCUGAGGUAGUGUUUUCCUGGGGAGGUUUGACACCAUAUCCACAGCUCCCCAAGUACCUACCAAGAAAUUGCAGGGGUCUUGUGGAAAAAGUGCUCCCAGAGCCUGAGACUACAGAACGCUUCAACUAUGCCAGGGAUAUCAGGGCAUCCAUGUUUUGUCAGCAAGAUGAAGCUGGGAGAAGGAAGUAGGGGGGUGGGGAGCAUGAGGAAACAAGGUAGAGGUGACAGUGCAGGGCCUAUGGGUCCCUGCACCCUCCCUUUGUUGAUCCUGGGGCCACAAGGAUGCUGAAGAUGACAACAGGCUUGGGUCCUUUCAGUCCUUUGGCUAAGGGUAAGGGUGGGAGAGGCGACCCAAGUAGAGCACUCUCUAGGUGGGCUGGAGUGGUCAGUGUUCUGAGAGGUGGUCUGGUUGCAGUUCCCUUGAAGGGCCUCACAAGCCAGAGAAGCUGAGAAGGCUGCUCUGACAGGUGAGGACCAGUGGCCCCUGUGUGCCGUGUACCUCUGCAGCCAUUCGGGGGUGGGACAUUUCUGUACUUCCUGAUUUGCUUUUGGCUCAGCCAUUACCUUUGUCAAUCUGUGGUUCUGUUGUAACGAUUUCAAAAGUAAAUAAAGGUUGUGAUGUCCCACCAUGCA